GCGGGGAUGUAGGAGCCUACUUUACCUCCUAUUUCUACCCCUUCAAGCGGCGCUGGAUGAGCGCCGGCGUGGCCCGGCAGCGAGUGGAGCAGUCCUUUCGGGUGGCGUUGGUCCAGGACGCCCGGACCAACCUACGCGAGGCUGAAAGGUGGGCUUGUGCCAUCAGGGAUGCCUCUGUGCAGCAGGCGCUCCGGAAAGACGGCGUCAAAAACUCAGAGGUACGGCGGCCUUGCCGAGUCAUGAUACUGGUGAACCCUCUCAGUGGGCGCGGCCAGGCUCUCCAGCUCUUCACCAACCACCUGCAGGGCAUGCUCACGGAAGCCGCCGUGCCAUACACGCUUGUCAUCACAGAGCACCAGAACCACGCACGGGAGCUGGUGAAGAAGGCGGACCUGUCACAAUGGGAUGCUCUGGUUAUCAUGUCCGGAGAUGGGCUUCUCUUUGAGGUGAUAAAUGGUCUGAUGGAGCGUGACGACUGGCAAGAGGCCAUCCAGACCCCUCUGGGGAUUCUCCCGGGUGGCUCUGGCAACGCCUUGGCCGCGUCUGUCCACCACUAUUCUCAGUCACCCCCUGCGUGGAAUGAAGAACUGCUUCUGAGUUGUGGCUUCAUGUUGUGCAAGGGUCUGGUCGGUUCCUUGGACUUGGUGUCGAUACAUUUAGCUUCCAAACAGCGCGUCUUCUCCUUCCUGUCCUUGGCCUGGGGUUUCGUGGCCGACGUGGACAUCGAGAGUGAGAAGUACCGCCACGUCGGCGCGAUCCGCUUCCUGAUGGGUACCCUGGUGCGCCUGGCCAGUCUUCGAGUGUACCAGGGCAGGUUGGCGUACCUACCCAUAAACCAAAAACCAAACCUUCCUUCCACACCUCAGCGGCCCUCGCUACUCGAAACUCCCUGUGAUGGCAAAAUCCGAGCGCCCCUGGACUCUUUGCUACCUGGACUAGAGCAGCCGGUCCCAGAGAGCUGGACUGUUGUCAAGGCGGAGGACUUUGUCUUGGUGCUGGCAAUAUACCAGUCUCACCUGGCCGAGGACUUAUGGGCAGUCCCCGAUGCCACGGCGGAUGACGGAAUCAUCCACCUCUUUUACGUGACUGCCGGAAUCUCCCGCCCCGCCCUCCUACGCCUCUUCCUUGCCAUGGAGAAAGGAGCACAUUUAGCAUGCGGCUGCCCAUACCUGGUCUACGAGAAGGUGCAGGCGCUGCGGCUGGAGCCCAUCUCUCGAGAGGGUGUGAUCACGGUGGACGGAGAGACAGUAGAAUACGGGCCGGUUCAGGCACAAAUACACCCCGGACUGGCCAGACUGAUAUAUGGAUAAAGGCAGAUUAUGUUAACCUUUCAAGUUUGGCCUUUUCACUCAGUGUUGAUCUCUUUGUAUAUGCUGUGUUUUAUAAGUGCCAAAGACAUUUAAUCAGCCGCUCAGAAUUCCUCUAUUUUUCUAUUGAAACAGGUUGUCCCCUUUUUCUAAGAUCACCGUAACCUUCCCUGCUUCCACCUUUUAGAUUCAGUGUCCUAGCAAUGGGUUUUUGUCCUUCACUGCUGGCUGGUUCCAGCGUAACCGCUUGAGGGGCAUCAUGGUGAGAUCCUCAUACGUUCAUGCAAAGUUACCAUAACGCAUGUGCGCG